AUGCCUAAAGAAGUGACGUCGGUGGCACGGGUUUAUGCCGAUGUGCUCUCGCACAAGCCCCAGCUGUAUUGGGAUUAUGAUGAUCUCCAGAUUCAGUGGAACUCACAAGAAAACUAUGAGAUUAUCAAGAAGCUUGGUCGGGGCAAGUACUCCGAAGUCUUUCUUGGUAUCGACCUCACGCUGGGAGCAAAAUGCGUAAUAAAGGUUCUUAAGCCAGUCAAGCGGAAAAAGAUCAAGCGUGAAAUCCUGAUUUUGAAAAACUUGGUUAAUGGGCCCAAUAUUAUUACUCUCUAUGAUGUGGUUCGGGAGCCGCAGCUGAAAACCCCGGCGUUCAUUUUCGAGCUCGUGGAAAACAUCGACUUCCGCACAUUAUACCCCACUUUCACCGACUAUGACAUUCGUUUCUACAUGUUCCAGUUGUUGCGUGCUCUUGAUUAUUGCCACAGUCAAGGUAUCAUGCAUCGUGAUGUGAAGCCGCACAAUGUAAUGAUUGACCAUAAGGAGAAAAAAUUGCGGUUAAUUGAUUGGGGGUUGGCUGAAUACUACCACCCCGGUACCGAAUACAACGUUCGUGUCGCGUCACGUUAUUUUAAGGGUCCCGAAUUGUUAGUCAAUUUCAGACUUUACGACUACUCUCUCGAUUUGUGGAGUUUCGGGUGCAUGUUAGCAUCGAUGGUGUUUAUGAAGGAACCAUUCUUUCAUGGUAAGUCUAAUACUGAUCAGUUGGUGCAGAUCGUUCGCGUGUUGGGGUCCAAUGCAUUGAAUGCUUAUCUUGAAAAGUACAACUUGACAUUACUGGAUGAAUAUGAAGACUUGGCGUACUACAACCGCCGGUCAUGGGAUAGAUUUGUCAAUGACAACAACCAGCACUUGGUGUCCGAUGAGUUUUUAGACUUCAUCGACAAGUUGUUACGUUACGACCACCAAGAACGGUUAACCGCCCAGGAGGCAAUGGACCAUGCCUACUUCGAUCCUGUAAGACAGGAAGCUUUGGCCACCAAUAAUUAA